ACUGGUAAGGUGGCGCUCGCAUUCCCAAACAUUGAUUUUUCGUUGUAGACGCUAAUGAAAGAAAGCAGCCAAUUGUCUAAAUAUAUGUUAACAACUGAAGGAAUUUACGGGCUAUAAAAUGAGUGGCGACGAGAAUAGCUGCAGCGAAAAGCAGACGCUUAAUCUUGCGAAGCAGCAGCUGAAGAAGGUGCCAAAACAGGACGAUGCCCAAAACAUACGCAAGCUGAUCCUGGACGAAAAUGAGCUGCAGAAGAUCGACAACAUUGACUCGUAUCUAAAAAUCGAAACGUUAUCGCUGAGUAAAAACCAAUUGCUGCGAAUGUACGGCGUCUGUCGUCUUCACUGUCUGCGAGAGCUAAAUCUGUCGUUUAAUGGCAUCCUCUCCAUUGAGGGUCUCAAGGAUUGUGUGCAUUUGCGUGACCUCAAUCUGGAGGGGAACAACAUCAAGACUAUUGAGCAUCUCAAUACGAAUUUGAAUCUAGAGGUCCUGAAUCUGGCUGAUAAUAGCAUUGGUAGCAUAUCGGAUAUAUCAUAUUUACGCUGUCUCCGAGAACUCAACUUGCAUGGCAAUCGUUUGACGCACCUGCGCCAGUGCGAUAAGUAUCUGCCAGUGUCACUGGAGACACUCACGUUGGCCAAGAACAACAUUAACGAUUUAAAUGAAAUUUGUACGCUGUCGCAUCUCAACAAGCUGCUGAGCCUUUCCAUAACGGAUAAUCCCUGUGUGGCCAUGACGUUGGGACCGAACAGUGUGGAUGGCUUUGAUCAUCGUCCGUUUGUGCUGAACUGGUGCAUGAGCCUUAAGUUUAUCGAUGGCUAUGUGGUUGAUCCCAUUGAGAGCCUCAAGGCGGAGUGGCUAUAUAGCCAAGGACGUGGUCGACAGUUUCGCGUUAGCGAGCAAAAGGAACUGGCCAAAUACUUGAGCUCCGUCUGUCCGCUGGUUGGCAAGGCAUUGGAGAAUGAACACGAUCGCAAGCUGAGGCUGAUACUGAGCAAGGCACAGCACCACCAGCGUCAGCUUCAAGAGGAGAUCUUGGACAAUGCAAACAGUUCGGUCAGCACAUCGCCUUCAUCGCAUCGCAAGAAGCCCACGAGUCGCAUACAAUCGCCCCGCUUUUCACGUCUCGGCGGUCGUCAAGGCUCACCGGAGUCCAUGGUGAACAGCUAUCAUGGGAACAGCAGCAACAACAGCAUGAGCAGUGACAAUGGCGUCGUGAAUCAUGCACUGCAAAUGAGCACAUCUUUGAUAGAGAACAUCAAGAAUGAUGGCGACAACUUUUCGCUGGCCAGUCUGUCGGGCAUGUCCAGCAGUGUGACCACCAAGACCUACAACUCCACGGAGUCAACGCCUCGCAACAUAACGCCAAAUCCCUACAAUGAGCAAACCUUUAUUGGACAGACACCCUUGGGUGGUCCCUUGGCGGCUGCCUCGAAAAUGGUGCCAGUUCCGGAGACGCUGAUGAGUCCCGACGUGUGUCCCGCCGCCGUUGCCCAACGUGUGACCGUCACGGCCCUAAACUCGCAACUGCACAAAACCAAAGGGAACAAGAACAAAGACAACAAAUUGAAUUUGCCGCGCGUGCGGAGUCCUCAGUUGCGACGCAUCCAGAGUCCCACAAGCAGUCCCCGGAAGCAACAGCAGACGCAGUCACAUCCAAUGGGCACCACAACUGUGCAGGGCAGCACCACAGAUGCCAGUGGCUUCAGCACUGACGACGAUGGGGAACAGAUCAAUAUUGAGAAGCUGAAAACCAUACGGAAAAUGGCAGCACAACGAGUACAACAACAACAGCAGCAGCAACUGCAGUUGGAGAACAAUAAUCUGAAUUGUACGGAUCGUCUUAUAGAGCACGUGACUGAAUCCUCGGCGGUGACCAUACAGAAAAUGUGGCGUGGCUAUCAUACACGCAAGAAAACCAAAGACAUUGCCGAGAAGUUGCAUAAACAGCGCACACACGAAUAUAUUGACAAACUCAACAAGGAUAUGCUGCUGACAAAGGCGCAGCUGCAGAAUGAAAGGAAGAUACAACAGCUACAGAUGCAGGCCAUCAAUGCGUUGUGGAAAAAGGUGUCCACCAUGCAGCUGGACACAAAAGCUGGCGGCGAGCAGAGCAACAAUAUGAUUAACAAUGGCACAACAUCGGAGGAAGGCGUUGACAGUGGCAGCAGCAUGAAUCCGCCUCAGGGACAAGGACAAGGACAACUGUGCCUCGAUCAGAACUCGGCAGCUGUGGUAAAUGAUUUAGCCAAGCGUUGCACAAUAUUAACGGAUCAGGUGCAACAGCUGCAGAGCUCUAUUGGCACUAUUGUCAAUUGCCUGACCAUGGUGUGCAAUCUGCCACAGGAUGCGAUCAGGAAGCAAAUCAACGACGUCGACGGCAAUGAAACUGAACCCAACAACGGCGUGGAGACACGUGACAGCAGCUCCACGCAAACCGAUUUAAUUGCCGUGCAUACUCCUCAGCUGGAAGAUCUGAGCAAUUUUCCCUUUACCAAACCAAGGCCAUCAACAUUGGCGCUGGAAUCAAAGCACGAUGCGCUGGACACUGCCAAAAUUGCAGGAGAGCCGCAGCUUGUGGUGACUGUCAAUGAUGACGAGUUGAAGGAGAACAUUGAGAUCUGUGACGCACUAGGAUUGGAGCAGUAGGAGCUGCUCAAAAUUAAAUAUUCUCUAAACAACGCUUUAUAAGCACUCAA